GGGGACAAGACCGCGACGACGGUGGUUUGUUGUUAUUCUGGCGCGCUCUUUCCUGGCUUCUGGUCGCAGCUCUCAACUCCCGGCUCAAAAGUUUGGUGAAAAUGUUGCACCGGUAAAACGGAUCCCCCCUCGAAAGUGAUACGGAACGCGGUCAGUUUGGCGUGAAAAGUGAUUUUUCGUGAGGCGCAGCCUGUGGCGGAUUUUAUUCCGCGGAAAAAAUAAGUUUAAAAAUUGUGGGUGGCAACCUGAGGAGAGAUCUCACCAGCCCCGGAAGCAGAUCGUCCGGUGUUCCGGCGCUCCAACGGGACGAUUCCGGCAGCAGGAAUCUUAAACUAGCAGUAGCACUACGGUGUGCCGAUCAUGGACCAAUACAGCUCCGAGGAUGCCAGCCGUUCAUCGUCGAUCGUCGCCGCCGCCGACAUUCCAGAGCCCCAGCAUCAGCACCACCAGCAACUGCCCCGGACGCGGAACGGCCGGAAACGAAAGUACAUCGCGGACGAUGCGGACAUAGAGAACCAGCGACCUGCCAAGCGCCAUGGCGGCGAGCGGAGAUCCCCGAUCGAGGCCACCUCCGCCCCGACCAUCCCGCCCCCGAGUGUGGCCUCCAGCAACAGUGCCGCGUCCAGCGUACCGCCCCCAUCGGUUCAAAGCAGCAGCCUCGGCGAGUACCCGGCCUCCACCUCCUCCGACACGCAGAGCUCGUCCGAGUGUUACUCCACGACGGCCGAGUUCGACCUGUUCCCGCUGGCUAGUCCCCCGUCCAUCACCAGCGUGCUGAGUCCGGCGACGUGCGACGCCGCGUCCCGCUCCAGCUGGAACACCAAAGGUGACACGACGCCCCACGGCCACCGCAAGCAGCACCAAAAUAGUGAUAAUAGCAGUAACAAUAGUACCAAUAAGUCCCGCGUGUCGGCUUCCGGGCCGGCCGCCCUGUCCUGCUGCGUGACGCCGUCCGCAGAUCUGCGGACCUGUCCGCUCCCGGCGCUCGCCUGGGCCAAGUCGACCGAGGUGUGGCGGCUGAUGUGCCGCAAGGACGCGAAGGCGUCGCUCGAGCGGGAACCGAGCAUGUUCGAUCAGCAUCCAGGCCUGCAACCCCGGAUGCGCGCCAUCCUGCUCGACUGGCUGAUCGAGGUGUGCGAGGUGUACAAACUGCACCGCGAGACGUACUACCUGGCGGUGGACUACAUCGACCGGUUCCUGAGCCGGAAGAAGGAACAGAAGAAAACACACCUGCAGCUGCUCGGCAUCACGUCACUGUUCGUGGCGGCCAAGGUCGAGGAGAUCUAUCCGCCCAAGAUUGGGGAGUUUGCGUACGUCACGGACGGAGCCUGCUCGGAGGACGACAUCUUGCGGGAGGAGCUGCUGCUGCUCAGUGAGCUGCAGUGGAGCAUCAACCCGGUGACGGUGAUGGGCUGGCUGGGGCUGUACAUGCAGGUCAACGUGACGAGUCGGAUGGCGGAGGUUAAUGGCGGUGGAAGUAGUCGGAAGCAGCAACAGCAGGUUAAGGUGGAGCCCCGGUGCUCGGAAUCGUUCGUGUACCCGCAGUUCUCUGGGAUGGAGUUUGCCCAGACGGCGCAGCUGAUCGAUCUGUGUUCGCUGGACGUCGGUCUGGCCAACUUUCCCUACUCUGUGAUUGCCGCGGCCGCCGUCAGCCACACCUUCGACAGGAAAACCGCCACCACCGUGUCCGGGCUGGACUGGGAGGCGAUCGCGCCGUGCGCCAAAUGGAUGGAACCGUACUUCCUGGUGAUCUGCGACGAGAACGAAAUCUCCCCGCUGGCGCUGCUCGAGUCGAACGAGCAGGUCAAGGGCAGCUACGGCCUGGCGCACGUCUGCCCGAACCUGGUCGCGGACAGCUCGCACAUCAUCCAGACGCACACGACCUCGUUGGACAUGUUUGAUCGUGCCGCAGUCCGUCGCGAGCGGCUCGAGGUGCUGGCCUGUAUGAUCCAGCAGGAGGCCUCGCCGGCGCCAAUCCUGCUCGACCCGGAGGGUUUGCUGACGCCACCGGCGUCUAGUCGCAAAUCGCUGGACGCCAACAACCCCGUCAGUAACGUGCCGACGCUGCUGGCGGACGUGGAGAACAAGGUGGUCUCCGCCAAGACUUGAUAGGUAAUGCUUCUAACUUGUUUUAGUCAACUCAACUUUGUGUAUAGGAAAAAAAGAAGAAUCAUAAAAAUCUUUAGCCAACUUUUUGUAACUUAUUCCCAAAAAAACAAUCAUCGCUCAUUAAUCGGCGGCGAUACACGCGAGGAAGAGGGGUCGUGCCAUAAUUAUAGCAUGCUUAAAAUGUCACGUUUGGCGAUUGCAGCGUGUAUCGUCGCGCAUUUCCAAGUUCAUUCAAGUUCAGCCAAUCUUAGGGGCAAUAAACGUUAUAUUAAUUACUACAUCGCUAGAUCUAAUUUGUUAUAUUUUAAGUAUUAUGAAAAAAUGGCGAACAGUACAAAGAGCGUGCCUUAAGGGAUACUUUGUCGAGCAGGAAAAACAUAAUGCGGAAUUCCAACUAAACAGCUAACAAACUCUGGAAAAUUCCCAAAAACAUUCUAACACUUGAAAAAAGCUUCUAACGAAAUCCUCAAAAUAGCAUCCCAACCCAAUAACUAAACCUGACACACUCUACGCUUAUCCCACUAACAAACUAAAAAAAUACCCCAAAAUUGGACUAAUCACUGACAUUCCUUUUCCCAAAAUUAUUUUUAAAAACAAAUCUCAACAAAGUAUCCCUGAAGGCAGCACCAAAAACAAACCUUAACCAUAUUUCCAUCCGUUUUUCCACCCUUUUCCCCCCAAAAACAAAACAGACGAACUCAAAUUCGCCUUACCAAGCGACAGCGCGACCAGUUAAACAUUUUAUAGCACAGUUUUUACAUAUUACUCAAACGAUGGUUGAUAAAGAAAGAGAGAGAGAGUGAGAAAGAGAGUGUGUGGUGAGUGUGAAAAAAGUACGCUUAUUCAUAGAGACGUCGAAAGUUCGACAGUGUACGGCGCUUUGGCGCCAGAAAAAGACUUUAAUAACAGCAAAUGGUAAUAAUAAGUUUUUAAGUUAGGUUUUUAGAAGGACACACAAAUGAUAAAAGGAAGAACUUGUUGAAACACGCCAAGUGUAAGUAGAUUUUAAGGGCUGAAAACAAUAUAACGUGUUGCGCGUGGUAACAAAGAAAGAAUAACACAGUUAAGUUUAGCUCAGCGGAACGCGUUUAUAAUGUUAAAAGGAGGUAAAUAUUAGCGCUGUAAGAUGAUGGAGGCAAAUUUGCCAACUAGGUUGAAAUAUGUUGUAACACGAUCUAUGGUAAUAAAUAUCAUAUUUUUUCAAAAA